AUGGCACCGACGGGUCAAGGUGGGCAAUGGCAGGAAGUGUUGUGCUGCUCUGUAUGCAACAAACAUUUCAACGAAACAUUCCUUCCAGUGAGUUUGAUCUGCGGACAUGUUAUAUGUCGUAGAUGCGCAGAAAAACCAGAAAAUAAGAACAAACCUUGCCCUCAUGAUGAUUGGAAACCGACUACACCUCUUUCUGAAUAUCCCAACAACGUAGCUCUUCUCUCUGUCAUAUUUCCUCGUAAACAGUGUAUGUCAUUUUCUGGAGCAAAAACCAACGAUGAGAAGCGAAUCGACCAACUUUCAAUUCAAAUCGCAAAGUUUUUCCGGGAAGCAGACAGCGAACGCGGUGGUACUGUCUCUAGUAGAGACAUAUCCCGGACGCUGCAGAGAAAAGUUCUAGCACUUCUUUGUUAUCAAUGGCGUGAAAAUGACGGACGUUUGAAAACUUUGAAGAUGUGUCGUGGAAUCAGUGAACGAGUCAUGAUAGAGAUUAUUCUUUCGAUUCAAAGCAAUACCCAUGUCAGCAGCCAGUUGUGGUCGGCUGUGCGGGCUCGUGGAUGUCAAUUCCUGGGACCAGCUAUGCAAGAUGAUGUUCUACGAUUAAUUUUAAUGACAUUGGAAACUGGAGAAUGUAUAGCUCGCAAGAAUCUUGUUAUGUACGUAGUUCAAACACUGGUAUCCGAUUAUCCGCAAGUUUCGAAGACAUGUGUUGGGCAUGUUGUUCAACUACUCUAUCGAGCUUCAUGCUUCAAUGUAAUUAAAAGAGAUGGUGAAUCGUCAUUGAUGCAAUUGAAAGAAGAGUUCAGGACAUAUGAUUCCUUGCGUAGAGAACACGACUCGCAGAUCGUGCAGAUAGCAUUUGAAUCAGGACUUCGAAUCGGACCUGAUCAAUGGUCAGCUCUUCUUUAUGCAGAUCAGUCUCAUCGUUCACAUAUGCAAUCCAUCAUUGAUAAACUUCAAUCACGAAACACUUACCAACAAGGAAUUGAGGAACUUCGGACGCUUACCACUUCAAAUUCUUCAAUGUUGAUCCCUGCUUAUCGAUACUUUCUGUCUCAAGUGAUAUCAUGUCUUGAGUUUUUUGCUGCACCAGAGCACGAGGAUACUUCCCAGAAAGCUGUAGCAGAAUCGUUAUCUCAAAUAAAAACACUCCUAAAGCUUCAUUGCUCCCAAGACGACCUAAGGAAAGCUCCGAAAGAAGAUCGGCGAGUAAUUAUAGCACAUUCACCUCUGAUGCCUCACGGAGUUGUUCAAUCCAUCUCAUAUGUCGAUGAAAACGGCCGUUCUUCGAGCAGAACAGCUUUCAAACAGUCAUCUGAAGAUAAAAAGAAAGAUCACUCUGCACCUCAGACAACACCAAGCUCAAAAAAUCAGCCUCAGCUACAACAGCAACAAUCUCCAUAUACUCCUCGGCAAAAGCGUUAUCAAAUGGGGAUCCCACCAAAUCGUAUGGGGUACGCACCACAUCAAAAUCACUUUUCUGGUGGUCCACCUCAAAUGCAACCUCAUUAUUUCGCUUCUCAACCAAUCGGAUCUCCAGCAAUGCAACGAAUUCGGGGACGACAAAUGAACGGGAUGCCACCACAACCGAUGCCUCGUCCUGGACCUAUGCCCAUGCUGAUUGGAUUCUCACCAGAAAUGAUGGGACCAGGAGGAGUUCCCCCGAAUAGUUCUAUGAUGCAAACAGCGGAAGUGUUAACAGCAGAUGGUCAACCAGCUGUAAUCAAUGGAACGCCACAGAGAGUAGUAAUAAUGCAAUCACCAACACAUAUGCCUGGUGGACCUGUUGUCAUGAUACCACAACAGCCGCUAGGUUCUUCGCCUACACCAGUUCCUAUGGGUGCCAUGACACCUACAAUUCCUGUUCAAGUUCCACCGAAUGCGAUUUGGACUGCAACAUCACCUACUGGAAGUGUUAUUUAUCCUGCUGCUUCACCGCCGGGCCAACAGCCGCAUACCAUCUGGAUACAAUCAACUGAUGGAAAUGUCUUCCCAAUGUUCGAUCGCGGUACAGGAAUGGUUUGGGGACCAACAACAAUGUUGCGAGAGAGUGGAGCUGAUGCAGAGCAACUUCUUGCGAAAAGACAUGAAAUUUUGAAGCGUUUACAGCCUUCAGAAGACGAUGAUGAUCCAGAAGAUGGUGGAAUAGGGCAUGUUUCGUAUACUGUUGCCUCUUCGGUUCUCGAUGACAGAAUGGAUCAUCAUCCUAUGGCAAUGAUACCUGUUUCGAACAUUGAUCUUCCGGCGAUUCCAAUAAAUUUUGCUAGUAUGCCCACUGAGGAGACAAUGACAAUGAUUGGGGAAAUGGUGCAAAGUCGUUCAAGGGCUCCUUCUCUAACUGCUCAAACAAGCGGACAACAGAUCAUUGCUCCGAUUGUUUCAUCAUCCACCGCAACUGUGCAGUCGGAAUGUGCUCCCACCAUGCCUCAACCAGGGAUCCCAAUGGUAUCUGUGCCUGUUCAAGUACCCGUUGUUCCAGCUGAACCGUUCAAUCCAUCUGUACCUCCACCACCCCAACCUGGGCAGACAAUGCUUGUGGAUAGUGCGACUGGGUUAUUGACUCCAAUGAGACCGAUUCUUGUUGCUCAUCCACAAAAUGUCGUUUCCAAUUCGCUAGAUAAGAUUGUGGAUGUCAAGGAGAGGCUGAGCGAAGCACAAGGGAACGUAUCGGAAGCUGAAAACGCUCAUUUGCGAAUGGAAUUGCGAAUGGCCGAAAGUGAAAUGGCCCAUCUCGAUCCGUACACAAAGAAUAACUGUUUACUUCGUGAACUGCAUCAAGUUGAUAUGGAACUUCAACAGCUUCAUAUCAAUCCGGCAGUUGAAGGAUAG